AUGGACCGAUUGCCAGCGGAGUUGAUUCUGAAAAUUGCCCAGUUCCUCGUCGACUCUCAUUUGCCAAGUCUUCGCAAUUUCAGUUCGGUUAAUUCCACGAUUCGUCAGCCGAUCACAUCAAUUCUGUUCCGAGAAGUCAGCAUCAGAUGCACGAAUUCCAAUGAUCUUGUAUCUGAUAUCGCCGAGUUGUGCGAUAUACUCAUCAAAUAUGACUGUGCGCUCAGCGUCAAGGCUCUCAUCAUGGUAGACUUUGAUCGGCAGUUCACGAAGCCAUCUUUAUACCAUUGGCGCGGGUCUGACCCAUACUGUGGAUCUAUGGCGCGCGGAGAAUACAACUAUAAACGGCCACGACGUUGUGAUCUGGCGGCUCCCUUAUUACCACCUCUUGCCGAGAAGUGCCACUGGAGAUCUCUGCCGGAGUUUCUGGAGCGAAUACCAAAACUUCAGGAUCUCAUUUUCGACGUUCAUACCCAGUUUCCCACGGACGCGCUGGAGGUGCUGCAUCGAACUAAUCCCAGAUGCCGCCUGCACAUGCCGCAGUUUAGACUUCGCAGUCUCGAGCAAUCUGCGCCGAAUCCACGUGAGCUGGCCCUCAUAAGCUCGCCUUGCGUUUAUAGCAUAAUACUCCGACUCAGAGCUGGAGUUCCAGAGCGUUACGAUUUUAACUGGGACGCUGUUUUCAACAUGAUCAAUGGGGCGGCGCCCAACUUACGGCACGUUCGCAUAAUAGACCACGAGUAUCGGGAUCAUCUUUGGGAUGAAACUGGCGAAUAUUGGUUUUCGCCUUGGAUGCCAAAACUGCCGUCGCAACGAAAAAUCUUCUGUCCUACUUCCAAUAACCAAGAGAAGCCCGCCAACAUUUUGUCCUUUGGUUACGACGGUCCGCCAACUCAUCUCCUUCCAAUAUUCUUGACCGAUCUGAAUCCAGAACGUCUUCAAGCUUUAGAAAUCUGGUCGAGGGCCCCUGAUAGCGCGCGUGAAUUGCUCCAAUUGAGCACCGAUUUCCAGUUUCCUUUCCUGGAACGUCUCUCAUGGGACGGGGUUUUACACCAAGGGAGUAUGGAACAAUUCAUCAGCGGGUUGGUCAAUCUUCAACAUCUGCAUAUAUCGUCUCAUGUCCAGUCAUUAGAACGAAUUCCACCAGUCUUUAAAGCAUCUUGCGCGAUAUUGUGCGAUCUGGACCUGAGCGAAAAUUGCCUCGAUGCGACCAGCGUCCAACGGUUGGCCAGCUUUAUUCCUUCUUUACAGUCCAUUCGUUUCAAUAUGGAACGCGCAUUAUCCCUGCCACCCGAAACAGACGUCUACACCGCUCUCAAGGAUUUCCCGGCCCUCCGGUCCGUCGCUCUAAUCAUGACUUAUCGUCGGAAGCCUCAUCGGGAACCUUAUAUUCCGCCUAUGGAAUUGUGGGACCGCGCCCGGGGCCUGGAUCAAAGGCUCACCUCACGGGGCAUUCAGGGGGCGCGAGACUUGUGCAACAUGGCUGUCGAUGCUGAUCUCGUGCGACAAAUCUGGCUAGAGAUCAUGGGCCAUCGAACGAUGAGCGAGUCGCCGCUGACAGUCCGGGUCUUGCACGACUACGAUCAUGGCCGUACCGGUCGGGAUCAUCCUCAUCGAUUGGUCUGUCCCGAGUGGCUCGCACGCAGCAACCCCGGCGACGCCAACAGGAUGCCCGAGGUCAUUGAUGUGGAUCAUCGACGAUCAAUACCACAAGAUCCACCAGAGAAAAUAUGGGGCUUGAUGUACAUCUUUCGGAUUCUCUGGCCUCCAAAGGAAGGCAGCAAGGAUCCCUGUUACCCUGUUGGUGCAGUAUACGGGGACGCCCUUGUCAGGAUCAGUGUUGGAAAAAUUGGUCGUCCACCUAGAUAA